AUGGAGAUGGUCAGUCGAAUGGCAAUGGCAUCGUUUGCUGCCAAGUCGCUGCGCAUGCGUGCGCCAAGCGCGGGCCUGGUCACGCGGCUGCAACAGCAUGCGCUGCGCCAGCCCGCGCGCGCCGCGGCAGGCCUCUCCCCGAUGAUUCUCAAUACGACAGCACCGCUUGGGGUCCACCAGCGCAACCACGGCACAGCCCGCAAGCGCAAAGUUGCCGCAGAUGGACCUGGAUUUGAAGACUUUUUGCGACAGUCUUCCACCCCACUCGCAGACGACAAGGCCGACCCCGACAAGUAUCGCCCGCGCGACGCGCCCUAUGCCCCUAUCGACGAGCAAUCGCUUCUCGGCCGCAAGGUUCACAUUGAGGCCUACGGCUGUCAAAUGAACGUUAGCGAUGCGGAAAUUGCCUGGUCCAUUCUCAAAAACGCCGGCUGUGUCCGUUGUGAUACGGCGGAAGAGGCCGAUGUCACGUUGCUCGUCACCUGCGCCAUCCGUGAGAAUGCAGAAAACAAAAUCUGGUCUCGCCUCAACCAGCUCAAGGCGCACAAGCGUCGGCUUGGCCGAACUCGCAACUUUCAGAUUGGCGUCUUGGGCUGCAUGGCUGAGCGCCUCAAGCACAAGCUCUUGGAGCAGGAAAAAGCCAUUGAUCUGGUCGCUGGGCCCGAUGCCUACCGUGAUUUGCCCCGCAUGCUCAUGGACUCGGCUCAGGGUCAAGCGCAGGUCAAUGUUCUGCUCUCUCUGGAUGAGACCUAUGCCGACAUUACCCCCGUGCGCACCAAUCCCAACUCGCCGGCGGCCUUUGUGUCCAUCCAGCGCGGUUGCGCCAACAACUGCUCGUACUGCAUUGUUCCCUUUACGCGAGGGCGCGAGCGCAGCCGCCAGAUUGAGACCAUCGUUGAGGAAGUUGCUCAUCUUAGCCGCCAGGGAGUCAAGGAAGUCACCCUUCUCGGCCAAAACGUCAACUCGUACCGCGAUCUCACGGGCAUUGACGAUGUACGCAACGAGCCCGUCGUGAGCAUGGCCAAGGGCUUUGGCACCAUCUACAAGCCUCGUCGUGGAGGCCGCGGCUUUGGUGAGCUGCUCCGUGCUGUGGCCGAGGUUGAUCCGACCAUGCGCAUCCGCUUUACAUCGCCCCACCCCAAGGACUUUCCCGACGACGUUCUCGAGGCCAUUGCUACCACCCCUAACAUUUGCAAGCAAAUUCACAUCCCGGCUCAAAGUGGCAGCACCCGCAUGCUCGAGCUGAUGCGCCGCAAUCACACUCGCGAAGCGUAUCUUGAUCUUGUGCAGCACAUGCGUCAAGUGAUUCCUGGUGUGGCACUGAGCAGCGACUUUAUUGCGGGUUUCUGUGGUGAGACGGAGGCGGAUCACGAGGAUACGCGCAGUUUGAUCGAGAUGGUUGAUUAUGACAUGGCCUUUCUCUUCGCCUACAGCAUGCGUGCCAAGACGCAUGCCUACCACCGGAUGCAAGACGAUGUUCCCGAGGACGUGAAGAAGCGUCGCCUGGAGGAGAUUCGUGAUCAAUUCUAUGGCGGAGCCACGCUCAAGAAUCAGCGCCGAAUCGGCUCGUUGCAAUUGGUGCUCGUGGAGAAGCGCAGCCGUCGCAAUCAGGACGAGUGGAGCGGUCGGACCGAUGGCAACAUUCGUGCCGUCUUCACCGACGCUGAGGUUCCAGAUGUUCAGGGCUUGUUGCGCCGUGCCAACGUCGGCGAGUACGUGGUGGUACAGAUCGAGGGUGCAACGGCCAUGACGCUGCGCGGGCGACCCCUGGCCAUUGUGGAGCAGCCCAAUCUGAGCGUAUUGGAGUCUUUCGGAGUCACCGCCCUCAUGCCUUUUGGUCGCAAAUCCAGCGCGCGUCGCAGUCGUCGCAAUGAGGACAUCACGCAGGAGCCGGAUGAGGGCUGGAUCCACGAUGACAAUGCCCUCAUGCUGGGUGAUGGCUUUUUCUACAGCUACCCCGUCGAGUUUUUGGGCAGCGUUGAGAUUCCCAAGAGCAUGAACGAAGUGGCCUUGGGCAGCCGCACUCAGAUCGUGCGCUACCUCAUGAAUCGUCUGAUGGUGGAGACCAAGCGCCUCAAAAAGGCGGGCAAGCCCCCUAAAGGGUUUGAUGAGUUUGUCAACGGACCCAUCACCUCGGCUGAGGUCCCCGUCAGUUUUGGCAUCGCCGCCGACGGCAUGGUCGUUGUUCUCAACACCCCCAACCAACGCCCCGACGAGCAACCCCCGCUGCUCUUUUACCACGCCAUGCGGAUGAUCUCCAUCGCCACCGGUGGCGACCAGGAUACCUAUGAACUUGUUUCCUAUGUCGCCAAGGAUGCGUCGGGCAAACGAAGCUGCUUCAUCUUCAACUGCGGUGAUGACGCUGAUGAUGUGCUCACAACGCUCGGCCAGUCCUUCCUGUUGGCUCAAGAACUGGCUCUGAAGAAGCGCGAGCGCCCCAAAACAGACUCAGUCAAGAAGGAGUAUCUCGACAUGGUGCCUGAAAGCGAUGAGGCUGAGGAGCAUGUGUACGGCGACGCCUCAGUGACGUCAGCUAUGGCCAAUGCUAUCCAGGAGCAGCCUGCCUACGACGUGGCCACGCCGGCAAUCGCGGAGCAGCCAUCUUAUGACGUGGCCAUCGGUGCCGCACCCGUCUUGCCCGAUGAGGUUGUGUACGACAACCCUCUCAGCGCAGUGCCCACCCCGGGUCGCGUCAUCACCUCCCCGUCGUACGAAACAGCUCGCAACGACAUGCCCAGCGAACCGUUGUAUGACACGGCAACGACCAAGAUUGUCAAGGCCUUGAACAAGCGUGACUCGAUUCGUCGUUCCAUGCGCGCCUCCAUGAAGCAAUCCACGAAGCGCGAGUCGCGCAAGGUCAAGAAGAACACCCCUCCCGCAGAAGAGCUCUCAAAGGAGGAGGUGCAAUUGCGCAAGGCAGAACAGGAGGAGAUGGCACGCCCCUCCUGGAUCUGCAUUUCCGAAACAGCCAAGGAAGAGGCGUCUGGCACCGACUUGGCAUCGCUUCUCUCGCAAUUCAAGCAACAGGCCAUCCAAGACGACUCGGAUGAGGGCGAAGAGUAACCUCGGAUCACAUAAUUCGAUACUCUUCUGGUGAUGAAUAUCCAUCGCUUGAGCCAGCUGUUCGUUGCCUUGUGUUGUUUGCUUUUGCUGUCUUUUCUAUCCUUUACGUUUCUUCCUUUUCUUUUGACUAUUGCUUGCUUGCCUUGAUCUUGACGUAAUAAUUGAGUCUGGUUUGU